AUGCCGGAUUUUGCUCCUUUGAAAAAUGACUUGAUUUUAAGAGCAGCGAAGGGGGAAGAAGUUGAAAGACCACCUGUGUGGAUCAUGAGACAAGCUGGUAGGUACUUACCGGAGUACCAUGAAGUGAAGGGGGACAAAGACUUUUUCCAAGCUUGUCAGGAUGCAGAAACUGCCUCUGCCAUAACGAUUCAACCCGUUGACCACUUCGACGGAUUAAUUGAUGCAGCAAUUAUCUUCAGCGAUAUAUUGGUGAUUCCACAAGCAAUGGGGUUUGAGAUAAACAUGGUUGAAGGAAAGGGUCCAGUUUUCGCAGAUCCUUUAAGACACCCGGAUGACUUAUCCAAAAUUGAUCUUAAUCCGAAUGUGAAGCAGAAAUUAGACUGGGCAUAUAAAGCUAUCACCUUGACCAGGGUAAAGUUGAACGGAAGAGUGCCUCUUUUAGGGUUUGUCGGAGCACCUUGGACAUUGUUGGUUUACAUGACUGAGGGACAGGGUUCAAAGAUGUUCAGGUUUGCAAAGCAGUGGAUUUACGAGUUUCCUGAAGCAUCACAGAAACUCUUGCGAGCAACUUGCAAUGCUUGUAUCGAAUUUUUGGCCCAACAAGUGGUUGCAGGGGCCCAGAUGUUGCAAAUAUUUGAAUCAUGGGCAGGGGAAUUGGGCCCUGAUGAUUUCAAUACUUUUUCUUUGCCUUAUUUAAGAGAAAUUGCAGCAAAAUUGCCUCUAAGAUUACAGGAGUUGGGCAUCGAAGAGAAAAUACCGUUAACUGUAUUUGCAAAAGGUGCUUGGUAUGCAUUGGAUGAUUUAUGUGAAUCGGGGUAUGAUUGUGUGUCUCUCGACUGGUUGUUUGACCCAGGGGCUGCUCGUCAAAUCGUGGGGAGCAGAAGGAUAACUUUGCAAGGGAACUUAGAUCCAGGAGUCAUGUAUGGUACGGAUGCUUUGAUUGAAGAGAAGGUCGAACAAAUGAUCAAAAAGUUUGGGGUUAAAAAUUACAUCAUAAACUUUGGUCACGGAACCCAUCCGUUUAUGAAACCCGAAAAGAUUGAGCAUUUUUUGAAACAAUGUCAUAAAUACGGAUCUAAGUAG